AGACUGUCUUAGGCCAGUAGCUGGCAACAGCCGAGAGGCGUAUUGCAGUGUCUGCAAAAAGACCAUUAAUAUUACCUGGAUGGGGGUGAAGGCGGUCAAAUCGCAUAUGGAGUCUGCCAGUCACCGAGCCAGGACGCGGGGACGUAGCGCGCAGCUACCGCUGUCGCUGUUUUGCGCUAGCACGACUGCUAGCUCUACGCCCUCAACCUCCACUGCUCCCUCAACUUCGUCUGCUCCCGCCCCGCAAUCCACCGCCAGUAUUCCUACGACCAGCACACAGAUGCUCUGCGCUGCCACCUCUACACUGCAGGCCGAGGUACUGUGGUGUUUAGAUUUAGCAGUAAAACACCACUCGUUCAAGUCAAACGAUAACAUAGGAGAGCUGUUCCGCAUGAUGUUCCCGGACUCCCAAAUCGCAAAAUCGUUCGCGUUGGCCAAGGACAAGACCGGCUACAUCAUCAAAUUUGGCAUUGCCCCCUAUUUUAAGAAGCAACUGGUUGAGGCCAUCAAUCAUGCUGGACCGUACGUCCUGAUGUUUGAUGAGAGCCUCAACCAGUCGUCAAAGAAAAAACAAAUGGAUAUACACAUUCGUUUUUUGGAAGAUGGUUGUGUACAGUCCAGAUAUUUUGGCUCACAGUUCCUGGGACAUGGAAGAGCUGACGAUCUGUUGCGCCACAUCAAAGAAUGUGUUGCACAACUCAACAUGAGGGAGCUUCUCUCAGUUGGAAUGGAUGGCCCUAAUGUGAACUUCAAAGUCCUGGAUCUCCUUCAAAAGGAGCAUGCUGAGCUGUACGGAGGUGCUCAAGUCCUGAUGGUUGGGAGCUGUGGACUGCACACCCUCCACAAUGCCAUGAAGGCAGGCUUCACAGCCUGGCAAAUUGACAAACUCCUGCGCGCGCUCCAUUUUCUCUUCCACAACGUUCCUGCCCGAAGAGAGGACUACACCAACAUAACCGGAUCAUCCUGCUUUCCCCUCUCUUUCUGCGGCCACAGAUGGGUCGAAAAUGUGCCGGUUGCAGAGAGAUUCCUGGAAGUUUGGCCCAUGAUUCAGAAGUAUGUUGAUGCUGCUGAGGAGAAGAAGGUCCAAAAACCGAACACGGCCUCUUAUGACGUCAUCCUGGCAGCACUAGGAGAUGCACUCUUAAUGGCAAAGCUUCAAUUCUUCCUCGCCAUUGCGAGAAGUUUUAACCCAUUUCUUGUUAAAUACCAAACAGAUGAGCCAGUGUUGCCUUUUUUGGCAAAAGAUUUAACUGAGCUUCUGUUGAGUUUACUGAGGCGGUUCAUUAAAAGGGAGCUCCUAAAGGACCAAAGCCCCCUGCAGCUCAUUAAUUUGGACAUCUCUGAGGAGAAGAACUGGGUCUCCCUCAAAAGGGUAGACAUAGGCUUGGGGGCUGAAUCUGCCAUCAAGGUAUUUUCAGUGUUUAUUUGUUUUGUGAGUUGAAUUUGUGAAUUAUGAUGCUGCACAAAUCAACUAGCAAUUACAGUUUGUUCAGUAUUAAUAUUAUCAUUAGUAUUAUGUAAACAUUUCCUUUCAAAGAAAGCAUCGACUAUAUGUUUCUUAAUGUUUCUUGAUAGGCACUCCUGGGCAAACCAGGAACCAAGAUAGGGGAACUAUCUGUACUCAGCCUGAGAAAAGAGUGUUUGCAGUGUCUGAUUAGCAUCGUGAAGAAACUGCAGGAAAAGUCCCCGUUGAAAUUCCCCAUUGUUAGGCAGAUUUCCUGCCUGGAUCCCACAAAGAUGGUCAAAGAUCCAGAGUGGUGCAUUGUACAGAUGAAGGCAUUAGUACAUACUUUCAUCCAGGGACAGCAGCCACCUGUCAGCAGCUGACAGGUGGCAUUGCAGCUGGUAAGAAAAUAUUGUAUAGGGACAGUAGAAGUGGAUAGGUUAUUCAAAUUGAGAACCAAUGCUUUAGAUACUGUUGUGUAUCUAUGAUGUACUGUAUGUACUUUUGUUGAAUGGAUGAUGAAGCAGUUGACUGGAAUGUUAUAAAUGUAAUGAAUAUAUCUUAAUUUGUACCUGUCAAUGUUGCAGGUGAUGUCAUCAUUCAACAAUUCACAUCCUUUCUCUCUGUCGUGGGCAGAGAAGAUGAGUUUGUUUCCUUCCAACCCCUGAGGCAGCGUCUCGAUGUCUUUCUCCACUCUAAACUCUGUAUGUCCCACCCUGACCUGCUAAAGUUCUGCCAAAGUGCUCUCCUCCUUUCCCAUGGACAGGCCACAGUAGAGAGAGGCUUCUCGGUGAAUAAAGAGGUAGAAACGUGUAACCUCCGUGAUGAAUCUCUCGAAGCCCUCAGGUUAAUCUGUGAUAAGGUAACUGUUUGUGGUGGCGUUCUUAAAGUUCCUCUGACCAAGGAGCUCCUGGCCUCUGCUGCUUCAGCGAGGUCACAAUACAGGCUAUACCUUGAGAGUGAGCGGAAAAAAAAGGAGAGCGCCACACAAGGGCUUAAGAGGAAAGCAGCAGAGAAGGAGCUUGAGGACCUCCGGAACCAGCGGCAGGUACUCAAUAGCGUGUGCCAUUCACUUGAAAAUGAUGCCGACAAGUAUGCAGAGAUGGCUGAGGGAAAGGCAGGAACAAAGAUGGCUGAGCUCAUCACAAAAUCCAACUCUCUUCGGAGAAGA